AAGAAGAGGGAACCAGCUGUGAAGCGUGUGAAGCGCCAUAAAUUCUGGCAAAACCCCAGAGAGAGAGGAGGGAGUGAUACUCUUGUGCCCUCAGUGAGCGCCUUACGUCGGUGGCCCGACCUCCUUUCAGUGGAGGGAAAGCACCGAAAGGCGCGACCUUUUUCGCUUGUUUCCCCCCAUUUCACUUCCCUCCCUUUCUCCUUCCUACCCCAUGGCCUCCGCGGCGCCGGCCCUCGCUGCCAUCGCCGUCGCAGUGGCCAUCCUCGCCGCGGCCGCGUCAGCGGCCGUCACCUACGACCGCAAGGCCGUGGUGGCGAACGGCCAGCGCCGGAUCCUGCUCUCCGGCUCCAUCCACUACCCUAGGAGCGUCCCCGAGAUGUGGCCGGAUCUGAUACAGAAGGCCAAGGACGGUGGUCUUGACGUGGUGCAGACGUACGUGUUCUGGAACGGCCAUGAGCCCUCCCCUGGCCAGUACUACUUCGAGGGGAGGUAUGAUCUGGUGCAUUUCAUCAAGCUGGUGAAGCAAGCCGGACUCUACGUGCACCUCCGCAUUGGCCCUUACGUCUGCGCCGAGUGGAAUUUCGGUGGUUUCCCAGUUUGGCUGAAGUAUGUCCCCGGCAUCAGCUUUAGGACUGAUAAUGAGCCGUUCAAGGCUGAGAUGCAGAAGUUCACCACGAAAAUCGUCGAUAUGAUGAAGUCCGAAGGGCUCUUUGAAUGGCAGGGAGGGCCAAUAAUCCUGACCCAGAUUGAGAAUGAGUUUGGUUCCUUGGAGUGGGAUCAGGGCGAGCCCGCCAAGGCCUACGCGUCAUGGGCAGCUAACAUGGCGGUUGCGCUCAACACGGGUGUUCCAUGGGUCAUGUGCAAAGAAGAUUAUGCCCCUGAUCCAAUUAUUAAUACGUGCAAUGAUUUUUAUUGUGACUGGUUCUCCCCUAAUAAACCUCAUAAGCCUACCAUGUGGACUGAGGCUUGGACAGCUUGGUUCACAGGCUUUGGUAGACCAGUCCCACAUAGACCAGUAGAGGAUCUAGCAUAUGGUGUCGCCAAGUUUAUUCAGAAGGGCGGCUCUUUUGUUAAUUAUUACAUGUAUCACGGAGGAACAAACUUUGGGCGCACGGCUGGUGGUCCAUUCAUUGCAACUAGCUAUGACUAUGAUGCUCCUAUUGAUGAGUAUGGCUUGUUGAGAGAACCUAAAUGGGGCCACUUAAAGGAGUUGCAUAAAGCUAUCAAGCUUUGCGAACCAGCCCUUGUUGCAGGAGACCCCAUUGUAACUUCACUUGGCAAUGCUCAGCAGUCAUCUGUUUUUAGAUCAAGCACAGGAGCUUGUGCGGCUUUCCUUGAGAACAAGGAUAAAGUAUCUUAUGCGAGGGUAGCAUUCAAUGGAAUGCAUUAUGACCUACCUCCAUGGUCCAUAAGUAUUCUCCCAGACUGCAAAACAACAGUCUUCAACACAGCUAAGGUUGGAAGUCAGAUUUCGCAAAUGAAAAUGGAAUGGGCUGGAGGAUUCACGUGGCAAUCAUACAAUGAGGAGAUAAGUUCCUUGGGUGAGGAAUCAUUUUCAACAGUAGGAUUACUGGAGCAGAUAAAUGUGACAAGGGAUAACACAGACUACUUAUGGUAUACAACAUAUGUUGAUGUUGCUCAGGAUGAGCAGUUCCUAAGUAACGGGAAGAAUCCCACGCUCACUAUGAUGUCGGCUGGUCAUGCUCUACAUGUCUUCAUUAAUGGACAACUAGCAGGAACUGUAUAUGGAAGUGUAGAAAAUCCAAAAUUGACAUAUACUGGAAAUGCAAAACUUUGGCCAGGCAGCAACUCCAUUUCCUGCUUAAGUAUAGCGGUUGGUCUCCCGAAUGUGGGAGAACAUUUUGAGACUUGGAAUGCCGGAAUUCUUGGCCCAGUGAUACUGGAUGGCCUGAAUGACGGAAGAAGGGAUCUCACAUGGCAGAAAUGGACCUAUCAGGUUGGUCUGAAAGGUGAGGCUUUGAGUCUUCACUCACUUAGUGGAAGCUCAUCGGUAGAGUGGGGAGAACCAAUGCAGAAGCAGCCUCUGACAUGGUAUAAGGCAUUUUUCAAUGCACCGGAUGGUGAUGAGCCAUUAGCUUUGGAUAUGAGUAGCAUGGGUAAAGGGCAAAUCUGGAUAAAUGGACAAGGUAUUGGACGGUAUUGGCCUGGCUACAAAGCCUCUGGAACAUGUGGAAGCUGUGAUUACCGUGGAAGAUAUAACGAGACGAAGUGCCAAACCAACUGUGGUGACUCUUCUCAGAGAUGGUACCACGUUCCUCGUUCAUGGCUUAAUCCGACAGGGAACCUUUUGGUUAUAUUUGAGGAGUGGGGUGGUGAUCCUACCGGAAUCUCAAUGGUGAAAAGAACCACCGGAAGUAUAUGUGCUGAUGUCUCUGAAUGGCAGCCAUCGAUGAAGAAUUGGCAUACAAAGAUCCACCUCCAGUGUGAUCAUGGACGGAAGAUAACUGAUAUAAAAUUUGCCAGCUUCGGCACACCACAGGGCUCAUGCGGGAGCUACUCCGAAGGUGGUUGCCAUGCCCACAAGUCAUACGACAUAUUUUGGAAGAACUGCAUUGGUCAAGAGCGGUGUGGGGUAAGUGUGGUUCCUGAUGUAUUUGGUGGGGAUCCAUGCCCUGGAACAAUGAAAAGGGCUGCUGUUGAGGCUAUAUGCGGUUGAAUCACAAAAAAAGAAAGCCCCCAUUCAAUCACUACGUCAAAUAUCAUAAGCCAUACAAAGCUAUUGGCUUCUACACUAAUUUGGCCUUAUCAACCUUCUGGCACGAUGUGAAAGUCACAGCAACUGUGACGCACAGAUGGUCAGAAGUUAGAGAAAUUAGUUGUAUGUUAGAUUGAAUCAUCAAUGUAUGCAUGUACAUUAGCCUACAUAAGAAUUGGCAGGGAAGAAAAAUGUUAGGACUCUGUAGGUUCGAGGAUUAAGGGUUGUGGCCCUCUAGGCACAACAUUGGUUUGGUUUGGGGUGGGCGCAGAUGAGACUCUGCUUAUAUCUGAGUCCAUACGCACAAUGGCUAUUCGGUUGGAGGAGGCCAAGAAGCACCAAAUUUGUGUUGCAUUUCUGAUUAUUCGUUUCUGCUCAUUGGAGGGUGCAAUGUAAUGUGCAGGGUCCAUCAUUCAUGUAUUGUCCGAUUAAUCAAGCAGUACAGGAUAGUGAACUGGUUCAACUUAUAUAAAUAAAAUUGAUGUGUACGUGUCUUA